AAACAACUCAAAGGAUAAUAAUGUUUGUUAAUAUAAUGAAAUAUUUUGUGUUCCUUGUCCUCUCCGUCAUUGGACCAAUUCAUGCAUUUUGGUGGCGUUCCAGUCCAACAGAACCCACAUCCACACCGGCACCGGUUAUGAAACAAAUACCCUUGACAUAUUUCCGAACAUAUACCUAUCAGCCAAUGGCUGGGAAUCCUUUGCCAUUCCCUCUGAUGAGCUCAACGGACUAUGUGACAAAUUAUGCCGCUUUGGCCAAUAAUCCCUACUUUAAUCCAAUGCUGUCUUUACUGCCACAGGCAGUGGGUGCCGGAGCAGGUGGUUUGGCAGUGCCGGCAACGGGGGAAAACGAAAAUGAAAUUAAAAGGGAAGGAAGGCCGGGGAAACGAUAUGGUACUGUGGUGAGAUCAUGGAAUGGUGCUAAUCAAAUACCGGUUGCAACAAAGGCCACAGCCGGCACUACGUCUACUACUACGACGACGACAACCACACCAAAACCCACAACGACAAGUAGUACAACUACGAGCACAACAACAACAUCAACAACUCCUACACCAACAACAACGACUACUUCCUCCGCCACUAUCACGCAAGCUGCUAAGACAACAGAUUCCCUUGCCAGAAAUGAUGCCAGUUCGGCCUUUAUUAAAACCGAUGCCGUUGUUAACAUUGAGGCCGCUUAUCCUGCCUUUAAUCGCAAGGUCUACACCAAUCAUUUUAAUAUUAACUACAAUCGUCCUGUUUAUCCUUAUCCUGAAUAUUCAAUUUAUAAACCUGCCAGCAAUCUCAAUGAAGAGAAUAAUUCUGGAGCAUCUCCCGGUCCCGCCAUCCCAUCGGGCGGCAAUAUUGAAUUCGUACCCUGCAUGUGUCCCGUCAACAUACAAAACGGUUUCCCAACUGGUCUGCCCAUAACUGGCAAUCCCUCAAACUCAAUUUUCUUGGCUCAGGGUCGAACCAAUCCCGAGGUAGAAGCUUCUCUGGAGUUAUCGGCAACCGAUUCGUCCGAAUCGAAAUCGAGUGAAAAUAUUCCCACCGAAGCUGAAUUGCCUUUGACAAAUUUCGUAGAGGAUUUACAAAUGGUCGAUGUGGACGAGGCCAAUGACGCUGAUGUUGCAGCUGAAGAGGCGACGCAGAGCAUCACAGCUUCGUGAUGAAGACAGGCAUGAGGUUUUAUCUUUUAAGUAUUAAUACGAAUAAAUUUUAGACUGAAUAAAAAGAAAUAUGGAUGGAUUUUAGAGAGAAA